CUGGAUGUUUUGCUGCUCUGAGACCAGCUUGGCUCUCACUUUGUGUGGAGCAUUUUGUUGAUAUGUGACCUUAGCGGUGGUCCGAAAUCAGUGCCUUGUUUGUAGGAACUCCAUUCGUGGACUGGUACUCCACCUCCAGAGAGCGGGGCAGAGCGGCAGAGACGCACUGGUGUCAGAACCUCCAAGGGCUUUGUUCAGCAGCACAGAGCAGUUUUUGAGAUUUCUUUAAACCAUGAAGCAUUUCGUCUUGGUGGUUUUGGGAUCGUUGCUGCUGUCUCCUCAGCAGGCACACGGCGUGAGAGAUGACAGGUCCAACUGCAAACCAAUAACAUCCAGCUUUUGUCAAGGCGUGGGAUACACCACCACCCUCCAUCCGAGCGGCGCCUCGGGCUUCAGCCUGCAGCAGAUCGGUCAGAUCGUGGAGACGGCCUGUUCGCCAGGGGUCUCCAUUCUCAUGUGUCGCACCGCCCUGCCCGAGUGCGGCUCGGAGGACGACAGCCGCAAGAAGCCGUGCCGAGCUCUCUGCGAGAAGGUCAAGACGGACUGCGAGUCUGUCAUCAGGGCGAAGCGGCUGUCCUGGCCGAUGAGGCUCCGGUGUGAAUCUUUACCAGAGUCCAACUGUGUGCAGGGUGAAGAACCCCGUGUUCCUCCGACCUCCCCUCCGACAUGUCAGACGAUCACUGUCCCCCUCUGCUCAGGCUUAACUUACACUGAGACUGUGCUGCCUAAUAUUCUAGGCCACAACUCUCAGGAGGAGGCGGGCCUGCAGAUACAACGCUUCGCAUCAUUUGUGAAAGUGGAGUGCUCCCCUCACCUCAAGUCUUUCUUGUGCUCCGUCUUCACCCCCAAGUGUGUGGCGGGAAGAGCUUGGCCUCCCUGCAGGACGCUGUGCGAGCAGUCGCGCUCCGGCUGCGAGUCGCUGAUGAACAAGUUUGGCUUGGAGUGGCCUGAAGAACUCAAGUGUGAGGCGUUCUCCACAGAGACGUGUGAACACGGUGAAGACGCCAUUUUUACUCAAACAUCCUUAAAAACGUGCGAGAGAAUCACUGUCCCGCUCUGCAAAGACCUGCCGUACACCGAGACUGUGAUGCCCAACAUCCUGGGCCACAAGACUCAGGAGGACGCGGGUCUGGAAAUACAUCAGUAUUUCCCUCUUGUAAAGGUGGAGUGCUCCCCACACCUCAAGUCUUUCCUGUGCUCCGUCUUCACCCCCGAGUGUGUGGCGGGAAAAGCCCGGCCUCCCUGCAGGAGGCUCUGCGAGCAGGCGCGCUCCGGCUGCGAGUCGCUGAUGAACAAGUUUGGCUUUCAGUGGCCUGAAUCUCUCAGGUGUGAGGCGUUCACUAUGGAGUCCUGUGAACAGUACGGCGUGAGCAGCAGUGGGGGGAUCUGUGAGCCCAUCACCAUCCCCAUGUGUCAGGGUCUGGCCUACAACCAGACCAUCAUCCCCAAUCUCCUGGGACACACGAGUCAAAGAGAAGCCGUGAUGAAGAUGUCCUUCUUCAACUCCAUGGUGCAGACCGUGUGCUCGGUGGACAUACGCCUCUUCCUGUGCAGGGUGUACGCCCCCCAGUGCGUGGCGGGGGAAGUGCAGCGGCCCUGCAGGUCCUUCUGCGAGAGGGCCAAACAGGGCUGCGAGAGUCUGAUGACCAGCUUCGGCGUCUCCUGGCCGAAUGAGCUGGACUGUAACUCGUUCCCGGAGGAAAUGUGUAUCUCAGAGGAGAGCAGGACUGAGCAGAUGCUGAAUGUUGAGACUGUUCUCGCUAAGCUGAACGCCGGUGGCUAUUCUGUCCGUGGCAAAUCCCUGAGUCUCAAGACUGCCCGCCUGCUGCUGAUUCUCAUGGAUGCAGACAAGACCGGAGACCUGGAUGUGUUGGAGUUCUUCAAACUGGAGCAUUUUGUGGCCAUCGUCAGGAGGGAGUAUGUGGAGAGCUACGAGAGGAGGACUCCACCCUCCGUCACUGAAGCCCAGUUGAAGAGGGCUCUGUCUGUCCAUGACUUCGGUGUAGAUGAUGAAACCUUCCCAAUCCUGUGGCUGAAAUACGGCUCCCGGAGUGGGAUCGACUAUGACGAGUAUGUGGCCGUCAUAACAGAACUGCAGAUCCUCAAAGAUCGUUUCAAGGCCCAUCUCCUGAAUUUGCCGUGUGACUGCCAAGUCGCCAGCUUCUCUUUCAAGCAGUUCAUGAAAUCGGCCAUAAUCUGAGGAUCAAGCAGGAGCUGAGCGCAAUGAACUAUGACAUCAUAACUGUUCAGUAGCACAGAGCUGUAAGGGACUAAUAUAAAUGGUUAUGAAUCCAUUUAUCAUCUUCAUUAACAAACCAUUGUUAGAGUAUUAAACUAUUAAAGGGACAUUGAGCUUUUU